AUGAUAACAUGGACAGAAUAUUCGAUAAAUUUUUUAAGAAAUUUUUCAAUCAUAUCAAAUCGUUAUAAUAGUAUCAUACGAAUCUAUUAUAUAAUGGUUACGGAUACAAUGGUUGAUGGAUAUUUUUGUGAUUUUUCCACUAUAAUGAAUGAAUUUUUUAUUGAAUUUGAAAAGAAAAUAUCAACAUUAAAGAGUAUGACUAUGGCGGCUGGUGAUAAUGAAUGUCAAUCAAACAACAACAACGAUUUACUUGAUUGGAAUUCGACCUUGGUCAUCGAUCUAUUGGAUCGAAUCAAUGCACGAUUAGCCAACGAUAAUAAUAUUGGUGACAAUCGAUCAUUAUCAACUGAUCAUCCAUUUUUUCAAACAACCAUUCCAUUAUCAUUGAAAACAUUGUUAAUGUUAAGCAUAAAAUUUCAUUCAAUUUUGGAAAUUAUUUUGAUAAUCAAAAAGAUACAAGCGAUUUGCAUUAUCGUCGUUCAACAACAACAACAACAACAACGAAAUGAAGCUAAACCAGAAUCAAAAGAAUGGUCAUCAUUAAUCGAUUGCCUUGAUUUAUCGAUACGAUGUUUUCUAUUGAUUCUUUGCGCACCGGCAUUGAAUUUUGAACAAAUUAAACGUAUUGUCAUUUUGUUUUUGAAUAUCGGUAUCGAUGAUGGUCAAGAUGGUCAAAAUGAUUGUGUUAAAGAAUUUCGCCAAAUUCUCAUAACAAAAUCAUUCGAACAAUUAGCCAUAAAGAUAAAUGAAUCAUUAGUAAAUUUAUUUCUAAAUUAUCAAAAUGAUAUUGGAAAAUUAAUGGUACAAAAAUUACGAAAAAAUUUCCAGCUAAAUUUCCUUAUUGAUUGUUCAAAAUAUUUUAAUAUCGAUAUGUUUUCAAAUGAAUUACUUUGUUGGAUAAUACCUGAUCUAAUAAUCGAAUGGGAUGAUCGUAUAACAAAAUUAUUAGAUUUGAUUAUAUUACAACAAAAAAUUUCUGAUAAACCAAAAAUAUAUAUAAUUCGACAAUAUUUUUCGAAUAUUAUUGAACAUUUAUUUUUCAAUUAUCCAAAUGAUACGGAUUUUAUUGGAAAAAUUUUCGAAAUGACAAAAUCUCUUAGUUCAUAUUGUCAAUAUAAUGUAUUUGAAUUAUUUUAUAAAGAAAAAUUAGCCGAUAAAAUACUUAAACGUUUUGGACAAAAUUCUCAACGAACAUUAAAAGCAUUAUCAUUCAUAUAUCAAGCAUCAAAAAUCACCAAUAAUAAUAAUGAUGUUGAUUUCGAAACAUCAUUUCGUCAAAUUGAUUUAAAUUAUUUCGAAAUGAAUCCACAAAAAUUUCAACAAAUUUUACAACAAGAAUUUUUCAUCUAUUUCAUAUAUAAAAUUAAUCGAAUCAUAAUACGUAAAGAUUAUUGUCAUUAUCAAAUUGAAGAAAAAAUUUUAUUAUGUGAAAGUUUUCUACAAACAUUACAACAUUUAAAUGAUUCAUUUUUAAAUGUUUAUCGUAUAAGAAUUUAUGUCCUAAUACGAUUAAUAUUGAAUGAACAUUCAGAUAUUGAUAAAAUUAUUGAAAUUGGUUUGAAAAUUUUACAAUAUUUUAUUGAACAUAUUGAUCAAAAUUAUUUACAAAUGGAAUUAUUAUCAAUUUGUUUAUUGGUUGUACCGUUUGUACAACAUUUACCUCGACAAACUGGACAAUUAUUAAUGAAAUUAUUAUGUGAAAAUAAUAAUAAUUUUCCUAUAUCAAUACUUUAUCAAUUAACAUUUUUAGCAAAUGAUCAAUCGAAUAAUAAUCCAUUGAAAUCAAUUGUAGAUCAAUUACAAAAACGUUUUAAUGAAUUUAGUAAUAAUAAAUAUUCAUCAAGAUUAUUAAUUAUUGAUUCGAAUUUAUUAUCAUCAUCGGAUAUGGAUAUCAACGAUAAUUGUUCAUUGGAUACAAAUAAUAAUACAAAAAUUCGUCCAUCACCAUCAUCGAUAUCGAAACAAUCGGAAACAUUGAAUGAACGAAUUCAUCUGAUUCGUUUGAUAAAAUCCAAUAAAUUUAUAUUAAUUUGUAGGGAAAUUUAUUUUCUUACAAAAAAUCUACAACAAACAAAUGAAAUACGUUUACAAGAAAUACUUCUGCAACAAAUUUAUCAACGUUUAGAUUUAAAUCGUCAUUUAUAUUAUCGUAUUUGUCUAUUGGGUGCAAUAUCACCAAAAUUCUUACAAUUUGAUCGACCAUUUACUGAAGAAAAUUAUGAUAAUUAUUUUGAUCAACAACAACAACAACAGCAACCACAACAACAACAAUCAGCAAUAUCAGGAAAAAGCUAUUCAACAAUGUUUGAUUAUGAUAAUCGGAAAUUAUUUCAUUAUAAAAAACGUACAUUCAAAAUUUUAACAUUGGAUUUAUUAAUGGAACAAAUACGAACGGCAAAACGUUUAGCCGAAUAUAAUAGUGCAAGUUAUGCAAUGAAAAAAUUAUUUCCAUUAUUUACUGAUCAUACAUCUUUAAAUGGUCGUACAACAACAUUAUUAGGUUGUACGAAUCCAGAAUUUAAUACACAAAAUGUUUCCAAUGGUAAUUGUAUAUCGACACAAAAAAUUGAAAAUUUUUUAAAAAAUGAUCAACGUUUAUUGGCUGGUGUCGGUGUUGGUGGUGGUGAAAAUUUGAAAAAAAUGAAAUUAUCCGCUAGUCAAGAAAUACAAUUUAUUGAUCGUUGUGAUCAGAUAAAACGUUUUCUAUUGAAUGAACGUAAUGAAAAUUUAAAUUUUGAUCAUGAUUUUAUGGACAUUGAAUUUCGUAAUUAUAGACAAAUAUUUAAACAUUCAACAAUGAAUUCAAAAGAUCUACGUAAACUUUCAAUAAUGAAAAUGGAUGAAUUUUUUGAUCAACAAAUUAAAUCGACAAUGUUAUUCAGUGAAUUUUUACAAUCAUUCAUAUAUAUGCUUUAUCAUUCGAUUAUUAUACCAAGGUUGAAAUCGAAUCCAAUUCAAGAAACAACAAUGGAAUCAUUUAAUCAUAUAAAUAAUGAAGAAUUUCUAAGUCAAAUAUUUUCAUCAAGUCAACGUCAUUCAUCAUUGAAUUGUAGUGGUUCAAAUUUUUUCGAUCUUCAACAAGAAUUUAAUGAAAUUAAACAACGUAUAAAUCAACUGAGGACACCUGAAUCAUUUUUUAUUGUUUGUUAUCAUUCAAUCACGUUGAAUAUACGUUUAUCAUUUUUAUUAUUACCUGGAUUAUUCAUCUUUAGCCUUGGUUGUUUGAAUGAUUCGAAUCAACAGAAAUUUGCUGAAAAAUUUCAUCAAAUGAUUGUAGAAAAGUUUUUAUCCAAUACUGCUAUGUUUUCAGGUGGUAAUGAAUUGGGUAUAAUGUUUACAGAUUUCAUAUGUAGUUUAUAUGAUAUAUUGAUCGAAUGGAUACGGAAAAGACGACUGGCACAUAGCUUGGUGAUUGGUAGUAAAUUUUUACGUAAUCGUACUAUACGACAAUUAGAUCAUGAAUAUUAUGGUAUAAAAUUAUGGUUGAAACAAAUUGAUCCAAUCCUUUUAGCUCGGUUAUGUUGUCAAUCAAAAAAUUAUAGUCGUUCAUUGAAAUAUUUGGAAAAUUUUUGUCAAAAUUCAAUGAAUGCAAAUGCAAAUGCAAAUAAUGAUGGUGAUGAUGAAAUGAUAACAAGUUCAACACAACAACAACGAGGACAGCAACAAAAUUCUUCGUCAAAUGAAUUUAUACGAAAACAUUUUCAAUUAUAUGUUGAUAUUUAUUAUGGACUUGAUGAUCUGGAAACACUGCAAGGUUUGAUUCGUAAUCAAAUCGAUGAUUCAAACAAUUCGCAAUCAUCAUCAUAUCAACGAUUUUUAUAUCAACAAUUUCAUCAAUCACUUUUAAAUAAUAAUAUUUUAGAACAGCUUAUAUAUGGUAAUCGAUUAUUACGAUUAAUGAAAACAAAUGAUGAAGAUCAACAAUCAAGUGAAUUUGAUCUGUUAACAUUACAGGAAAAAUUUUUUCAUUCAAUGUUAAAUAUUGAACAAUCAUCACUGCCAUCAUGGAUUUUAUCAGAUAAUAAUAAAUCGAAUGAUCAUCGAACGACAUUGAAUCAAUGGGAUUUACCAUUAUCAUCAUCACUGUCAUCGACAACAGCAACAUUGAAUUCAGGUAUUGAUGAAAUCAUUCAGGCAAUGUAUCAACAAAAAUCACCAUUCAUAAUUGAUUCAAAAUUAUCCGAUAUACGACAAACAUUUUUAAUACAUUUAAAUUCAUCAUUAUUGACAAAUUCAUAUACUGCUUAUAAUCGUACUUAUAAUCAAUCAAUUUUACAAUUACAUUUAUUAUAUGAUUUACAACAAUUUAUAACAAUUAUUUAUAAUCGUUUAUUAUUGUUGGAUGAUCAACAACAACAACAACAAAAUAUUGAUAAUUUGAAUAAUGAUAAUCAACAACAACAAUCGAUAAAACAAUUAGAAAAUUCUAUCAAUGAAAUACUUAUUGAAUGGCGUAAUCGUAAUCAAUUAAUUGAUAAUUUACAACAAAGACAACAAUUAAUGAAUGUACAAUGUUUAUUAAUACGAUUAUUUUUACGUUAUGAACAACAAAUUGGUCAACAGAUUUGUUGUAAAUUAUUAAAAGAAUUAUUUCAUUUUGAACAUGAUUCAAUACGAUGUUCAUUACGAACUGGUCGUUUUGAUCGUAUAAUGAUUUCAUUGGCUGAAACAUAUCAUAUACGUGAUGAAUUGAAACAACGACAACAGCGAUCCACCGACGAUUCAUCAUCGUUAUGGAAAAUUUCGGAAAAUGAAUCGGUUGAUUUUCUAUUGGAUCAUUCACAAGUUUUAUGGAAUCAAAAUAAAAAAACUGAAUCAAUUGAAUUAUUGAAAACAGAAUUGGAAAAUCGUUAUCAUUCAAUACAACGACAAUGUUAUCUUGAAUCAUUGAAAAAUUUUACACCAAUGCCUGAACAAGAUCUUUAUAAUUUAUCAAAUUUAUUUGAUUUAAAUUUAACACGUACACAGAUUAAUCAAAUGUCUGGUGGUAAUAGUUGUGGUACAUUUUUAUCAUCAUUAAUCGAUAAUGAAAAUCGUAAUAAUAUACGUGCAUCAUCACGUUCACGAACAAAUUCUACAACUAAUGAUCAAACAAUACAAUUUGAUGAUUUAAUAACUGAAGAAAAUUUAAUGAAUUUUUCAAAAAUUCAAUUACAAAUUGCAAAAUAUUCGGAAUAUAGUGGCCGUCUUAAUUUACAUGCAUUAAUAAUUUUAUAUAAAUCAAUAACAAUAUCAUGUCCACGUUGGGAAGAAGCACAUUUUCAUUUGGCAAUGUUUUAUCGUCGUCUUUAUCGUCAAUAUCAAAAUGCAAGUCCAUUAUUGGAUAGUAAAACAAAAUUUUUGUUUGGAAAACCAAAUGAAAUUUUGGAUCUGAAAGCAAGGACAAUCAAAUCAAUUUGUGAUUCAUUACGUUUUGGUACAUAUAAAUAUGUUCGUCUUUCAUUACCAAUUUUAUUGAAUAUUUGGUUUUAUAUGGGUUAUGAAAAUAUUUCCUUACAAAAUCGUUUACGUACCGUACAGGAUCAAAGAACAAAAACAUUAAAUGAUUUAUGUAAAUUAUUUAUUGAACGUUCAACACAAUGGAUCAGGGAAAUGUUUCAAUCAUCAAUGAAUGAUGCAAUUUUUCUAAUUGAAUUAGAUACAUUAAUUGGUCAUUUAUUACAUCCAAUCGAAACAAUAUCAAAAUUGAUUGAAGAAAUUUUAAAAAAAUUAAUUGCCGAUUUCCCCAGGCAUAUGGUAUGGUUAAUAUCAAGAUCACUAUCAACAAGAAUUGGUCGUCGUAGUUUGAAAACAAAAGAAUUGGUACAAGGUGCACAGAAAUUGUUUGCCGAAAAUAAUCAAAAUGAUGGUGGUUCGAUUUCGACAAAUUUUAUUGUACAAUAUUUCGGUAAAUUCAAUCAAUUUUCGGAUUGUUUGGAAAAUUUAGCAAUGUAUAAAGAGAAGAAAAAUUUAACCAGAAGAUCAAUUGUUUCGAAUCAACAACAACAAAAUAAAAAUGAAAUAUCAUUACAAUUAAUAUCACCAACAUUGAUACAAUGUAUGCAAAAUGAUCAACAAUUUAAAUUUAUUUUACCAUCGAAUCAAUUUUUCUUACCAAAUUCAAUGAAUUUGGAACGUUUAUCAGCAAUGAAAUCAAAUGGUAAUGGCAAUGAUGAUCAACAUUAUUUUCGUACAUUAUUUAUUGAAAAAUUUCAGGAUAAAGCUCAGGUAAUGACAUCAUUACAACAUCCAAAACGUUUAACACUUUAUUGUAAUAAUGGAAUGAAACGUGAAAUACUUGUUAAAUGUGGUGAUGAUUUACGAAAAGAUUGUACAAUGCUUACAUAUUUAAAUUUAUUUAAUCAAUGUUAUCGUGGUGAAAUACCUACGAUAGAACCAAUGUCAAGAAUUGAUGAUAAUGAAUAUGAUGGUGAACGUGAAUUGAAAAUUUGGUCCAGACGUAAACAACAACCAUUAUUUGUUCGAACAUAUUUUGCUGUUGCAUUGAAUGAUUCAUUCGGGGUUAUUGAAUGGAUACCCGGCCUUACAUCAUUGAAAUCAUUAGCUGAAAAACAAUAUUCAAAAACAAAAUGUUUAGAAAAACAAUUUCAAUUGGCUAAAAAUGCAUUUAUUAAAGCUGUUUGUCCAUCACAUUUAAAUCGUGAAAAACGUGUUGAACGUUUUUUACAACAUUUUGAAAAUUUUCGACCACCAAUUCUACAGAAUUGGUUUCAAGAAUAUUAUAUUGAUUCAUAUUCAUGGUAUCAGGCAAGAAGAAAUUUCAUCCGUACAACAGCCGUAUUUUCAAUACUUGGUUAUAUAUUGGGUCUUGGUGAUCGUCAUACUGAUAAUGUUAUGUUUGAUACACAAACCGGUCAAAUGAUACAGGUGGAUUUUAAUUGUUUAUUUAAUCGUGGUGAAGGAUUUAUUGUACCAGAAUUAAUACCAUUUCGUUUAACACAUAAUAUGAUAUCAGCAAUGGGUACAAAUGGUUAUGAAGGUUUAUUUCGUUCAACUUGUGAAGAUGUUUUAUUAAUUUGUAGACAAUAUCGUGAAAUAUUUUCACAAACAGUACAAAUAUUUCUUUAUGAUAAAUUUUUAGAUUGGUGUAAUGAUCGUAAUGAACUUGCUGAAAAAUCUGUAUUCAAUGUUGAAGCACGUUUAUUCGGUAUAACAACAAGACAUAUAAAUAAAUUAUCACGUGGUAAUAUAAUGUCGGUUGCUGGUCAAAUUGAUUAUGUUUUAAAAGAAGCAACCGAUGUUAAUAAUCUUGGUGCAUUAUAUUAUGGUUGGGCUGCCUAUAUAUGAUCGCAAAACAAAACAAACAAACAAUCAACCGGGGAAAUGAAAGAGAGAAUCCGAAAUCCAUCCAAUUUUUGACUUGAAUCAUUUGUAAUUUUUAUUAUUGGA